GAAGGUGUAAACGGGUUGCCCCCUCUCAUCCACUGCUGAUGCAGGUUGUCUGUUCACCGACGACUCUGCGGUCUGCAUUAUAGAAUUUUGUUAAUCUGUUUGUACCAUUCGUAGCAGCACUAACUGGUAAAGAUGGCGAGAAUAGCGCUAGCGAUACUGAUUUUGGGGUGCUGCACAUGCGCCGUGUGGUCGGUAAAUGACCGGCUGCGGGAGGUGUUUAGCUGGAAGCAGUUGGACUUUGCGUUCCCCGACCAGAAGACCAGGCAGGCGGCCAUUGCCAGUGGCGAGUACGUGCAGGAGAACAAUUUGCCACUUGGCCUAGAGGUAUGGCGGGACAAACUGUUCAUCACCGUUCCCCGGUGGAAGGCCGGAGUGGCGUCCACGCUCAACUACGUGUCCCUCGGAUCGGGUUCAAAUUAUAACCGUUCGCCGCGGCUGGUGCCAUACCCGAACUACCAAAUAAACCGACUGCCGGCCGCCGGUCAAUCGACCACCAACCAUCUCAUCAACACGUACAGGAUAAGCGUGGACACGUGCGACCGCUUGUGGAUGAUCGACAUGGGGAUCUCGAACGGCACAAAGCUCGGCCAACCACAGCUUUUCAUCUUUGACCUGAAUACGGACCGGAUCGUCCGGCAGUUCAUCAUCGCCCAAGACCUGAUGCGCGUGGACGGAAACACGUGGUUCCCGGGCCUGUUGGCGGACACGGACUCGGACUCGUGCAACCGUGCGUUCGCCUACCUGCCGGACCUGGGUGGCGGCCUGGUGGUGUACGACUACCAGCGCAACACGGCCAAGCGAAUCGAGCACCAUUACUUCUACUUCGACCCACUGGCCACCGUGUUCCACAUCGGCGGUGUCCGGGUCGAGUGGCCGGACGGCUUGUUCGGCGUGAGCAUGUCCGAACGCCACCGGAACGGCUUCCGGACGCUUUACUUCCAGGCAAUGUCCAGUACCAGGAUGUUUUCGGUGGACACGAGCGUUCUGCAGUCGAACACGAGUGGCAGGAACACGUUCGAAGAGUACCGACAUCUCGGCCACCGCGGCGCUGGAAUGCAGGCAGGUCCCAUGACCUCGGACGAGGCCUCCGGCACCGUUUUCUACGCGCUCGUCAACCAGGACGCGGUCGGCUGCUGGAACCCGAAGCAGUACGACCACCUGUCGUCCGAGACCUCAGCCGUGUUGGCACAGGACUCUGAGACUCUCGAGUUCCCGGGUGACAUCAAGGUGGACAAGGACUCCAACCUGUGGGUGCUCAGCGACAGGAUGCCCCGCCACCGGUUCGAUGUUAACAACUUUGACGUGGAAGACAUCAAUUAUCGCGUGUUCAGAGCACCUGUGGCCGACGUCAUCCGCGGUACGGUUUGCGAAUCGCCCCGCACCUUGACUCGGCCACCCACCGGUCCUAACCAUCCCUCUCGUCCGCGGCCAACCACCACCUCCACCAGUGGAAGUGCAUGGAACACGCCGUCCUCUAGGGCGAAGGAUUUUGAUUAAGUAUGGUUCGUUACAUGACGCUGCGUAUGCACGUGCAACGGCAUUUAAUGUAUAUUUUAUUUAUUAUUAUUUAUAUUGCAAGGCGAAAUAGUGUUUUAAAUAUAAUCGCCACUUAGGAUCAAUGAUCGGUAUAAUAUGUGUUAUUAUUUUUAUAAUUUUAUACUGUUUAGAGCAUUUUAGUAUAUGACUUAAAACUGUGAACGAAAUACAUUUUUUAGUUGUAGGUGAAUGUAAUAUUUAAUAAUAUAAUUUAUAUGUGGUGAGUAAUAAUUAAACACAGUGAUAUUUAAAUUUACA